GAACCAUGGGUAUUUGUUCCGACAUAGCAAGGUUUCAAAUUGCCUGAUCCUAGUUGGCAUGUUCCCCAAAAAUGUCAUGUAUGAAAUUUUGUCCUGAACCAUGGGUAUUUGUUAUGACAAGGUUUCAAAUUUUAUAACGGACAAAAAUAAGAUCCAAGGCGUUACAAGCGGGAGGACGCAAAGAAACGGCCCCGCUCCUGAUGCUGCAACACUCUGAAACCUGGAAAGGAAAAACCCUAAUUUUUCCUAUAUAUUUGGCAUCAGGAGCCCAAAACUAACCUUCUUUAUCCCAAAUCUUUGAAAUUUCAAGCGUUUUCUCAUUGAAUUUUGAUUUUCGUCUGUUGAACACAGAGUAUAUUGAGGGAAAUAGAUCCAACCAGAUAAGUAGUCAUUUUUGAAGAGAUAAAAAAUGGCUACUACUUCAGACAUUGGUGUUAGUUUAUCUAUUAACUUUCCCACUGCUUUAGCAUUUCUCAUCGCAUUUGCAAUAUUGAGACUGCAACCAUUUAACGAUAGAGUAUACUUUCCAAAAUGGUAUCUCAAGGGAUUAAGAAGCAGUCCAAGACACUCCGGAACGAUUGUCAACAAGUUUGUCAAUUUGGAUUGGAAAAAUUAUAUGAGGUUUUUAAAUUGGAUGCCUGCUGCCUUGAGAAUGCCAGAACCUGAGCUUAUUGACCAUGCUGGAUUGGACUCUGCUGUUUACAUUCGGAUUUAUCUUGUUGGUCUGAAGUUGUUUGUCCCGAUUACACUUCUUGCCUUUUCUGUCUUAGUGCCUGUUAAUUGGACUGAAGCAACACUGGAGCACCAAUCACGCGAUUUAACAUUCAGCAAAAUAGACGAACUCUCUAUAUCCAACAUUGCUUAUGGAUCAAAGAGAUUUUGGACUCACAUGACAAUGGCAUAUGUCUUUACAUUUUGGGCAUGCCAUGUUCUUUAUAAAGAAUAUGAGAUUGUAGCAUCAAUGAGGUUGCACUUUCUUGCAUCUGAAGGCCGCCGUCCAGAUCAAUUUACGGUGCUUGUAAGAAAUGUUCCUCUGGAUCCUGAUGAAUCUGUCAGUGAGCAUGUUGAGCAUUUCUUUUGUGUCAAUCAUCCUGACCACUACCUCACCCAUCAGGUCACAUACAAUGCAAACAAACUUGCUAAAAUAGUGAAGAAAAAGAAAAGUUUACAGAAUUGGCUCAUCUAUAACCAAAACAAAUAUGCUAGAAAUCCCAGCAGGCGGCCUACUAGAAAGAUAGGAUUUUUAGGGCUUUGGGGAGGGAGUGUGGAUUCUAUCGACUUCUAUACUUCUGAGAUCGAUAAGUUGGCGAAGGAAGAAGAAAUUGAGCGGGAAAGGGUUAUAAGUGAUCCUAAGGCAAUAAUGCCUGCAGCAUUUGUUUCAUUUAGGACUCGAUGGGCAGCAGCGGUUUGUGCACAAACUCAGCAAUCAAGAAAUCCAACAUUAUGGCUAACUGAGUGGGCUCCCGAACCUCGUGAUGUUUACUGGCAUAAUCUUGCAAUUCCAUUUGUUAGUCUCACAAUUCGAAGGCUGAUUAUCGGUGUGACACUUUUUUUUCUCAUUUUCUUCUAUAUAAUUCCCAUCACAUUUGUGCAAUCCCUUGCAAAUAUUGAGGCCAUUGAGAAGGCUGUUCCUUUCUUGAAGCCUUUGAUUGAGAGAAAGGGUGUGAAGUCAUUCAUUCAGGGUUAUCUUCCUGGGCUUGCUUUAAAGAUAUUCCUUAUCAUUCUGCCAACAAUACUCAUGGCUAUGUCGAAGAUUGAAGGUCAUAUAGCACACUCAGUUUUAGAGAGGAGAUCAGCAGCAAAAUAUUAUCUUUUUAUACUAGUUAGUGUAUUUUUUGGAAAUGUACUUGCUGGGACGGCAUUUGAGCAACUUAAAAUGUUUAUGCAUCAAUCUCCAGAUCAGAUCCCAAAAACAAUUGGUGUCUCCAUUCCCAUGAAAGCAACAUUUUUCAUAACAUAUAUUUUGGUUGAUGGUUGGUCUGGAGUUGCUGCAGAGGUCCUCAGAUUGAAACCUCUGAUAAUGUAUCAUUUGAAGAAUGCACUUUUAGUGAAGACAGAAAAGGAUAGGGAAGAUGCAAUGAAUCCUGGAAGCUUGGGUUUUGCUUCAUCUGAACCUCAAUUGCAGUUGUAUUUCUUGCUUGGUCUUGUAUAUGCUGUGGUGACGCCCAUUCUUCUUCCUUUUAUUGUUGUCUUCUUUGGCCUGGCAUAUAUGGUUUACCGACAUCAGAUCAUAAAUGUUUACAAUCAAGAGUAUGAAAGUGCAGCAUCAUUUUGGCCGGAUGUACAUGGCCGUAUAGUCACUGCUAUGGUUAUAUCACAACUUGUACUCAUGGGAUUGGUGAGCACAAGAGGUGCAGCUCAAUCAACAACAGUGCUCAUUCCUCUUCCCAUACUAACCAUAUGGUUCCAUUUGGUGUGUAAAAGCCGGUUUGAAUCUGCGUUUGUCAAAUUUCCUUUACAGGAAGCAAUGAUGAAAGACACUUUGGAGAGGGCUACUGAACCAAAUCUGAAUCUUAAAGUCUAUCUACAAGAUGCAUAUAUCCAUCCGGUUUUUAAGGGUGGAAAUGGUCACCACCAGCCAAAACCAGGGUUUGAGGAGGAGACUAACCCACUCGUACCAACAAAGCGACACUCUCAAUUGAGCACUCCGGCACUAAGCAAGCAUGGUUCAAACUCAAUUUCAUCAUCUUCUGAUACUAAUGUGUAAGAAACUGCAAGUUUUACAAAACUUAUUGACCGACACCCCCCUAUUCUAAUGCAUUUGUUAACUCUAAUGUGCCUCUUGGGUUUGGGUUUAUAUAUUGUAAAUGCUUGGAUGCAUGACAUUUUUUUGAAGAAGCCACCUUCUUCCAAUACCAAUGUGUGAAACUUGAAAUUUACAAACCAUUGACCCCCCCCCCCCUUCCAUUCUAAUGAAUCUGUUAACAUUGGCAUACCUCUUGGGUUUUUGGUUUAUUUAUAUAUAGUAUAUGUU